AUGGCGACCAGCAUGGACACGCUCCCUGCCCAUCUGCUGCCUUUGGUGAUGGAGGAGUUCCCCCAGUCUCUGGCCACAGCUUGUGUCUGCAGGGCCGGACAACGCGAGCCCCGCCUCCGCUGCGUACAGUGUGGCAUCAUCGAGGAGGAGGAGGAGGACUGCUCCACUCUGGAGGAGGACCAGGCCCAGCGGUCCUUCUUGCAGACCGUGGAGAGCUUGAGGAGGAGCACCAGAUGA